AUGACGCGUCCAGGUGUAAUUAAAUACACUACCACAGCUCAAACUGGGGCCAUUAGCACAGCUUAUGACAAUUAUCCUCCAGCUGCAGCCAUGUAUGAAGGCUUUGGCAUGAGUGCCGCUACUCCACGCCAAUUAUCACAGCAGCAGCAGCAGCAGCAGCAGCAGCAGCAGCAGCAGCAGCAGCAGCAGCAGCAGCAGCAGCAGCAGCAGCAGCAGCAGCAGCAGCAGGAACACCAGCAGCAGCAGCAGCAGCAGCAGCAGAAGCAGCAGCAGCAGGCACACAGCAUAGCAGCAGCAGCAGCAGGCUGCAGCAGCCAGGAACACCAUAGCAAGCAGCAGCAGCAGCAGCACCAGCAGCAGGAACACCAGCAGCAGCAGCAGCAGCAGCAGCAGCAGCAGCAA